UGUGUCUAAGUUUUUACCUGGAAGAAAGAGUGAUGCAAGUGUUUCUGAUGAGACCAAUCCUUGGUUGAGGCUGGGGAGGAGUCGCCUAACAGGACACCUGUGGACUCUGGCAGCAGGCAGCAGAGAUUGCUGUAGGAAGGGCCUUUGGACAUCCUCUGCAGACUCCUGGGCAGGCAGCCACGCGCGGAUCUCUCGGAUUUGUUCUCCAGAGAACAGAGACAAUGGCUUGGCUCUUCCCCAGAGCCACAGGGGCUCUGGCCAUUUUGAUGGUGUUUGUAUUGGUUCAUGGAGAAUUGCGGAUAGAGACAAAAGACCCACAUGGAGAAGAGGAGACAGCAGUUCAACAGGGCAAAAGGAGGUACAAACGUGAGUGGGUGAAAUUUGCAACACCUUGCAGAGAGAGAGAAGACAACUCCAAGAGAAACCCCAUUGCCAGGAUUACUUCAGAUUUCCAAACAACCCAGAAAAUUACCUAUAGAAUUUCUGGAGUGGGAAUUGACCAGCCCCCUUUUGGAAUCUUCAUUGUUGACCCAAACACUGGUGAAAUUAAUAUAACAGCGAUCGUUGAUCGAGAGGAAACCCCAAGCUUCUUGAUCACAUGUCGAGCUCUAAAUGUCCUAGGACAAGAUGUGGAAAAACCGCUUAUAUUAACAGUCAAAAUUUUAGAUGUUAAUGAUAAUGCUCCAGUAUUUUCACAAAGAAUAUUCAAGGGUGAAAUUGAAGAAAACAGUGCUUCAAACUCACUGGUGAUGAUACUAAAUGCCACAGAUGCGGAUGAGCCAAACCACCUGAACUCUAAAAUUGCCUUCAAAAUCGUCUCCCAGGAACCUACGGGAACACCCAUGUUCCUCAUAAGCAGAAACACGGGAGAAGUCCGUACUUUGACCAAUGCUCUGGAUCGAGAGCAAUUUAGCAGCUAUCGUCUGGUUGUGAGUGGUGCCGACCAAGAUGGAGUAGGACUAUCGGCUCAGUGUGAAUGCGAGAUUAAAGUGAAAGAUGUCAACGAUAAUUUCCCAGUGCUUAAGUAUUCCCAGUAUUCAACACGUAUUGAUGAAAAUACUUUAAGUUCUGACUUACUUCGAUUCCAAGUGACAGACUGGGAUGAAGAGUACACAGAUAACUGGCUUGCUGUGUAUUUCUUCACCUCUGGAAAUGAAGGGAAGUGGUUUGAAAUAGAAACAGACCCAAGAACCAACGAAGGCAUCCUGAAAGUGGUUAAGCCUCUAGAUUUUGAACAAGUCCAAAGUGUGCGAUUUAGUGUUGCUGUCAAAAACAAAGCUGCAUUUCACCAGUCGAUAGUCUCUCAGUAUCGAGUUCAGUCGACCCCGGUCACAAUUGAGAUAACUGAUGUAAGAGAAGGGAUUUCCUUCCGUCCUACUGCCAAGACGUUCUCUGUGAAAAAAGGUAUAAGUAGUAGGAAAUUGAUUAAUUAUGUGGUGGGAACAUAUGAAGCCAUCGAUGAGGACACUGGCAAGGCUGCCUCGUCUGUCAGAUAUGUCAUGGGCCGUAAUGAUGGUGGUUUGCUAAUUAUUGAUCCAAAAACUGCUCAAAUCAAAUUUGUCAAGAAUAUCCCCCGGGAUUCUACUUUCAUAGUUAACAAGACACUCACAGCUGAGGUUCUGGCCAUAGACGAAAACACAGGUAAAACUGCCACCGGCACCAUCCGUGUUGAAGUACCUGAGAUUAAUGAAAACUGUCCGCCAGUCAUCCUGGAAAAAGACGAAAUCUGCACUUCAUCACCCUCAGUGGUUGUGUCAGCUAGAACCCUGGAGAGGGACAGGUAUGCUGGUCCCUACACAUUUUCCGUGGAGGAACAGCCUGUGAAGCUGCCUGUUGUCUGGAGAAUCACAAGCCUCAACGCUACCUCUGCACUGGUAAGAGCUCAGCAGCAGAUAUCUCCCGGCGUGUACCAAGUCCCCCUCGUAGUCACGGGCAACCAGGACAGGCAGUGCGAAUCAUCGGAGAUGUUAACUCUGACGGUCUGCCAGUGUAACGACAGGGGCUCCUGCAGAACUUCAGAGAAUGAUCCUCAUAUUGAGCCCCGGAAGCAGCUCUCAAGGAUGGGGCCGAACGCCAUCGGCUUGCUCCUCCUCGGGCUCUUGCUGCUGCUAUUGGUCCCUCUCCUACUGCUCACCUGUGACUGCCAAAGGGGUCCCGCUGGGGGAGUGGCAGGUGGUUUUAUCCCAGUUCCUGAUGGUUCAGAAGGAACAAUUCACCAGUGGGGCAUUGAAGGAGCCCCACCUGAGGACAAGGAAAUCACAAAUAUUUGUGUGCCACCUAUAACAACUAAUGGAGCAGAUAUUGUGGAAAGUUCCGUUUGCACACAUACAUACACUGGAGGGACAGUGAUGGAAGGUGUUUCCGGAAUGGAACUGGCCACCAAGGGCGGAGCAGCUGCAGGAUCUGGAGCUGUGUCAGGGUUUGGAGCAGCGACGGGACUUGGGCCCUGUCCCCCAGAGCAUCUGGGACUGGGAACGAUGAGAACAAGGCACUCCACAGGGGGAACCCUGAAGGACUACGCAGAUGGGGCCAUAAACAUGAAUUUUCUAGAUUCCUACUUUUCCCAGAAAGCCUUUGCCUGUGCAGAGGAAGAGGGAGUCCAAGAAGCGAAUGAUUGCUUGCUGAUCUAUGAUAAUGAAGGCACAGAUGAUGCUCCUGGCUCCUCCCUGGGUUGCUGCAGUUUUAUUGCUGAUGACCUGGAUGACAGCUUCUUGGACUCACUUGGCCCUAAAUUUAAAAAACUUGCAGAGAUAAGCCUUGGCAUUGAUGAGGAAGCCAAACAAGCUCAGCCACCCCCUCAAUACAGUGGUACUGGGGCUGACCUCAGUGGCCGACCUGUAGAAGCCCAGCAGUCAGGACUUGAGAGGUACCAGACUGUGUGGGGCAGUCAAGAAGCCCACGCUUUGUCAACCUAUGGGUCCCUGCAACCAGCCAUUCCCAUCCCCGACCCUCUGCAGCAUGGUAACUAUUUGGUAACGGAGACUUACUCAGCCUCUAGUUCCUUUGUGCCACCUACCACUGCAGUCUUUGAUCCACUUCUCACACAAAAUGUAACAGUGACAGAAAGGGUGAUUUGUCCCCAUUCCAGCAUCCCUGGUUCCACAGACCCACGAGGGUCAUGCAGUAUGCUUUGUAGCGAAGAUCCCUGUUCCCGUCAGUGACCAGAAUGAACAAAAAUAACAUACUGGCCAACACAGUUGGACCAAAUUAUUUAAAAUAACACAGCAAAGCUCACGGGAUUGGACUAUUGUGACAUUUAUGAGAUAUUCUCAUAAACGAACCAUGAUGACAAUUUAAAUAUUCUGGUUCAUACCACAAACCUGGAAAUGUUCUCACUCUCCAUUCUCUAGCAUAUUUAAAUUGCAGUCAUUUUUUUUAAUUUUAUGAUCAUACUGUGUGGGAAAAUUUUCUAAACAUUUUUAAACUUCUAUAUUUUCAGUGCCAAAGGAAAGUGUUCAUCCCUUUAAAAUGCAACGUGGUUCAGUGAUGAAGCACUGAAUUCUAGCACAAAAUUCUAGUUACUGUUUAAAUCACCUUUUCUCAUAUCCUUAAAAUUGAUAUGAGAAUACCAUUAACAAUGACAUAAGAAUCACAAAAUAUUUGUUAACACAUUUUGAACUGCGUGGGCAAAAGUUGCUUUUUCCCGUCCUCUUGGUGUAGGGGGACCAUGGUGCCUCUUUUCUCAAGGUAAGGGCUAUGAGCUUGUGCAUCCAACUUGCUAUAACUAUGCUCAGAAGAAGACAGUUAUGAAAUAGAAAUAUUACGGGACAUUUAUGAAAGCUUGCCAUGGUAUAAAUAAUAUGUGCAUUUUUAAUCUUCUAAAGGAUCUAUCCCAUGAAAAGACAUUGAACUCUCUGCUAGGUGUAUCUCAGUAGCAAAUCCUGUGUUAGUCUUUGUAAAAGUAGCUCCUUACUUUGUAAGUGUUAGUGCGUGAUAUAAAUCACAUAUAACAUGCAGUCAAGUUUAUUAAUAUCUACAGACUUUCUGGGACAAAAUACAGCUUUUCUUAUAAGCAAAAGGAACUACAGACUAGGAUAACACAUGGUGAAAUUUGUAAAUAUGUAUUAUAAGCAGCAUGUUGGGAAAAUAGUGGGGAAGUGAUUUUCACAUCAAAAAGGAUACAGAAAUGUGAUUAUGUGUAAACUUUUUUCAGUCUUUGCUUCUAAAUUAAACAGCUACAGCCAUUCAAUGCUUGAAAGUAGCAAUGUUAGAUUAGUGAAAGUUUAGAGAUAUUUUGUGCAUGUUACCCUAAUGGUAAUGCAGCUAUUCAAGUCAUUUCUGGUCAUGCAAGAUGUUCACUCUUUAGUCCACAGAGAAUGCCCUACCUCACCUGCUCCCUGACAUUACUGUCUUAGCUGAGUCUUUACUAAGUCAUUGUUUAGUCCCAUUAUUUCUAAUGGUAUAUCAAAUACAAAGUUUUAAAUUUUUUUUUGCCAUAAUAAAACUGAACUGGGUGUGGACACACACACCUGUAAUCCCAGCACUCAGGAGGCUGAGGCAGGAGGAUUGCUGAGAGUUCAAGGCCAGUCUG